AUGCGCCGCAGCAGCGCCGCGCUUGCGUUGCUGGCCUUUGGUCUCUGGGCAUGCUGCCGCUGCUGCUCGCGCUUGGCUUGGGUGGCGCCCCAGGCAAACCUGGGAAGCAAGUUGGCGGGUCAGGUCCACCCCCGUGAGACCCGUCAGACCAGCCGGGUCCCACGGAUGGCGCGAGGCGGUGAGGACUUGAGGGCAUAUGCCCAGAGCCUGCCAGUGCCUCCGGACUAUGCAGGUCCACCAUACCAAGGGCCUGCCUCGGUGAACGAUGCGUUCAUUGAUUAUUUGCUUAAUCUGUACAAGCAACAGGGCAAGCUGCCUAUGAAGUUUGCUUAUCUCAUGGCCCUGGAUGUCAUGGAUCUGUUAAAGCAGGAGAAAAGCCUUCAAAGAGUAGCGGUUCCGGCGGGCUCCAAGAUCACGGUGGUUGGUGACUUGCAUGGUCAAUACUUUGAUUUCGUCCACAUGAUUCAGGAGGUUACGGGCAAGCCUGGCCCACAAAAUCCCAUUCUGUUCAACGGCGACUUUGUGGACAGAGGGCCAUGGUCUGUCGAGGUGUUGCUCUGCCUCUAUGCCUUCAAGCUCCAGCAUCCUACGGCAGUGCACUUCAACAGGGGGAACCAUGAGUCGGAGAUGACCAACUAUCAGUAUGGCUUCGCAGGCGAGGUGCAGGUGAAGUACGAGAAGAAGCUCAUGGAGCUCUUCAGCGAGACCUUUCGGUAUCUUCCCUUGGCCCAUGUCUUGGAGAACCAGGUCUUCGUGGCCCAUGCGGGCCUCCCGGGUCCCGAGGAGCGCCUCUGGGAGGACUGGAUGCAGAAGGCGCCCGACGAGGCCGCCGGCGUCCUGAAGCGCGACCGGCAGAUAACGCUCGCAGAGAUUGAGGCAACCAACAGGGUCUGUGAGCCCAACCCCAUGGAGUUCCCCCUGGUCAUCGACUUCCUGUGGUCCGAUCCCAAAGGCGCGAACGGCUACGGCCCCUCCACCCGUGUCCCCAUGGUUUACACUUUUGGGCCGGACGUGGCCCAGCGGUUCCUGGCAGCAAACAACCUCAAGUAUAUGCUUCGAUCCCACGAGACCAAGUCCGCAGGCUACCAGGAGACGAUCCCGAACGUUGUUACCGUCUUCAGCGCCCCGAACUACAUCGACCGGGCAGGCAACUUGGCUGCCGUCGCAGUUCUCACCAACCAAGGGGGGAACCUCGAGAAGCAGUUUGUUCAGUUUCAGCAUCAGCCGCAUCCGGACAUUGAGAGUGGUGCCUACAUGAAGGGCAAGUCCCUGGCACCUGCGUGCAAUGCUGCAGAGCCUCUUCCUACAGCAACUCGUGUGGUGCCUGGAAGCCUUGGCACAGUGAAGCACUGCUUCCGUCAAGACUGUAAAGCUGUUGUGCUGUGCUAUGCCAUUCUGAUAAAGCACCAACCCCGACAGAUUCGCUCAUGUCGCAAUAUCGACACGUUUCGGCCUGAGGCGCUGCUUCGGCAGCAAACUGCGGCCAAGUUCGUGAAGGUUCGGGACCGUGCGGCGCUCAGAUGUUUUGCAGAAGCGGUCACGCAAGCCGAUCAGCAGUUCGUGUCGCAGGCCGAGGAGCUCAAGAGGCCUGGCAGUUCUUGGAGCUACCGGGAGGACCGCUACGCUUUGAGAGCGGUUCUGGAGGGCAGCUUCAAGCGAGAUGCUGAGCUUAGGGAUGAGGAGGUGGCAGCUGUGAAAUCUCAGCAAUCUACGGUUGAGAUCAUUAGCAGGUUGCAAAGUCAGAUGGAGAACUUGCAGAUGCGUUUGAAGAACAUGCGCGCUGGCCAGCCUUGGUUUAUGUCAAGCUCGUACAGGAUUCCUGGAACCCCAGUGACCAUGAUUGGUCGAUUUCAGCAGGGUCGUGCCAGCAUCGAGUUGAACCUCUCGCCUGACAGGCAAUGUUGGUGCGCUUUUGUGACAGCAACUCUGAAGUCAACCUUUGUAGCAUUGUAA